CGGGCGCCGGGCGGGGCCAUCCCCGGGCUGUCCGCGGAGACGCCUAUGCGGUGGACGCUCCGGGAUUCAGCUAGGGCGGGCGACCCCGACAGAGGGACCGGGCAGCCUGGCACCCCACUUUGCCAUCCUGUCCCUAAAAACCUCGGGGUCGGCAGGCCGGCCGCUCCGCGUGGGCGAAAUCAGAGACACGUGGUUUCCAAGGCCCCCUUGGGUUCAGGAAAAUGUUAUGGUUCGGGCCACAGUAGGAAGCGCACAGUGAAGCGGGAGGGCAGACAACCGCAACUACGUCGAGCACCCGGUACCGGGUCGGGCCGUUUCUAGGGCCUUUGGUGGCCGGAAACCGCGGCCCUCAGGGCUCAGAUUUGUUUCGAGUGGGCGCUUGCGGGAGAAGUGGUCAAGCAUGUCUAACAGACGGCCACGCCGCUCCUUAGGCGGCUGAGGCAGGCGAACAGGCGGGCGCUCCCGCAGUCGACCGGGUCACUGCCGAGGCACCUUCAGAGGCGGAGGCAUAGAGCGGUCUGCAAGCAUUCCCGAGCGUGCCUCUGCGGCUCUGGCGGGCAUUUCGAACCUGGGCGCCGGGCAGACGCCCCAGUCCCGAGAGCGCUGAGGGUUCCCAGAGCGUCGCCGUUACCCCCGGCAACCAGCCGGACGCCCGAGUCCUGGCCCUUUAAGCGGCACCGCGUCUCGGCGUCUUCGUUUCGCGCGCCCGCCCGCAGCGCCGGCGGAAAGAACAUGGCCCCGGCUGCUAGGGUAGCGCGGGCGCUGUGGCCUGGCGGGUGCGCCUUGGCCUGGAGGCUGGGCGGCCGCCCCCAGCUGCUGCUCCCCACGCAGAACCGGGCUGGCUUCGCGGGGGCGGCGGGCGGCCCAGCCCCUGUGGCCGCCACCCGUAAGGGGAGCCCGCGGCUGCUAGGGGCAGCGGCGCUUGCCCUGGGGGGAGCCCUGGGGCUGUACCACACAGCGCGGUGGCACCUGCGCGCCCAGGACCUCCAUGCCGAGCACUCAGCCACGCAGCUCUCCCUGUCCAGCCACCUGCAGCUGACCCUGUACCAGUACAAGACGUGUCCCUUCUGCAGCAAGGUCCGAGCCUUCCUGGACUUCCACGCCCUGCCCUACCAGGUGGUGGAGGUCAACCCUGUGCGCAGAGCUGAGAUCAAGUUCUCCUCCUACAGAAAGGUGCCCAUCCUGGUGGCCCAGGUUGGAGAAAACUCGCAACAACUGAAUGACUCCUCUGUCAUCAUCAGUGCCCUCAAGACCUACCUGGUGUCAGGGCAGCCCCUGGAAGAGAUCAUCGCCUACUACCCAGCCAUGAAGGCUGUGAAUGACCAGGGCAAGGAGGUGACCGAGUUCGGCAAUAAGUACUGGCUCAUGCUGGACGAGAAGGAGGCCCAGCAGGUGUACGGCGGGAAGGAGGCCAGGACGGAGGAGAUGAAGUGGCGGCAGUGGGUGGACGACUGGCUGGUGCACCUGAUCUCCCCCAACGUGUACCGCACGCCCACCGAGGCUCUGGCGUCCUUUGACUACAUCGUCCGCGAGGGCAAGUUCGGAGCCGUGGAGGGCGCCGUGGCCAAGUACAUGGGUGCGGCGGCCAUGUACCUCAUCAGCAAGCGACUCAAGAGCAGGCACCACCUCCAGGACAAUGUGCGUGAGGACCUUUAUGAGGCUGCCAACAAGUGGGUGGCCGCUGUGGGCAAGGACCGGCCCUUCAUGGGGGGCCAGAGGCCGAACCUCGCCGAUCUGGCGGUGUAUGGCGUGCUGCGAGUGAUGGAGGGGCUGGAUGCCUUUGAUGACCUGAUGCAGCACACGCACAUCCAGCCCUGGUACCUGCGGGUGGAGAGGGCCAUCACCGAGGCCUCCCCAGCGCACUGAGUGUCUCCCCGAGCAGCAGGGGAAGGCAGCGGAAGACGCCAGCUGCCAGGGCCUGGGGCCACUGAGCCAGCACCUGGCAAUGCUGGUGGGGCCAGGAUCAUUCUGGCUCUUGUCCACCCACCCCCCUAGCCCUCUUGCUUCUAACACAGGGCACUUGCUGGAGCCCAGGGAUGUUGGGGACGAGUUCCAGCCCUGCCCCUGCCCCUGCCCUGGGCCGGACCUUCCCUGUCCUAGCCUCGCUACUAUGCCGCCUCUCUCCCAGGCCCUCAGUGGCUGUCCCGUGGCUACAUCCUGUGGGUGGGGGCCCUGGCAGGACAGCAGAACGGUUCAUUUUCAGUGGAAUCCCAUUGCUGGGUUUCCCUGGUUCCCACUCUUCCCAAGCCUCCUGGGACUGGGACACGUUUGCAAUAAAGGAAAGGUUUGUGGCCCCUGUCACGGCGGGCAUCGCUUGGA